AUGUCAAUCGGGGGUGACACAAAACAAGAAAAAAGGCGCGAACUGCGUCUAAAGCGAUUCUGGCGCUCGCCAAAGACAACAUCCUCGGACGAUUCAACUGGCUAUGAGAGUCCAACCCGAACAAAGCCCGCCAGCAGCGAUGCACAGCGUUUCAAUCAUCUGCACUACACGAGCCUCUCCCAGGGGUCCGGUACCACCUCCUCCUCGACUGCAGCGAAUGCAACAUCUGCAACAGGAAACGGAGGUGGUGGUGGAGGGGGUGGCGCCACAACGUCAACAAGCAACAAGCCAUCAUGUUCGCUGCCACUGUUGCAAGUGUGGCCCAGUCAGGAUUCACCACGCGGCGAAGCGGACGGGCAAUCCUUUAUCUUUCCCGCCAUUGUGGAGACGAGUGUGGGCAGCACAAAUGCCCCAUCCACAAGCAGCAGCAUCGGGAACAACAACGACAGCAACUCAACCACCAGACGCAGCAACAAUCAUCUGACACUGAGCACGGAUCGUCGCAGCUCCCUCUACUGUGAUACACUGCACGCGGGAGAUUCGGGGAUAGACUCAGUGCAGGCAUCGCCGUCGCCAAAUGCGUUUGUCGCUCCGCCGGGGAUCCUUGGUCUGCCCAGUGGACAGACGGGGGGCGGGUCGUGUCACGUGUCGCCGACGAGCACGCCCACGCAGGGAUCGCCGAAUCUGUCGCUGGGCCGGAGACACAUGAGGAACAGCAUCUGUGUGGUGCCCGGCGAUGGAGCGGCCAAUUAUCGACGUAAAUCGAGUGCGUUGCUGCAUCCGGAUCAUGCCCGUCUCUUUGCGCUGAGGAUGAAGCAUGCAGCGGCGUUGGAACGGGCGCAGACAUCGCCAGAUCAGACAUCCAUAGAGGAUGCCAAUGAGUUUCAUGACAACGGGCUGGCCACCAAUAUGCGCUUGUGCUCGGCCUCGUCGUCGACGACGUCGUCGCUGACAUCCGUGGCAGCAGUCAGCCUGGGCGGAGGUGUGGCAGCUGCUGGCUGUGGCAGCAGUGGCGGCAUUGCCACCGCCAGCAGCGGUGCCUGCUCCUCCUCCGCUUAUGCUGUCGGCGCCGGGGGCGCACAGCAGCGCGUCUCCGAUCCCUGGCUGCAGCCACAGUCCGACCGUGACUCGCGGCACGACGGACGCCAUCAACACGAUGGACGGCGCCGUUCCUCGACAAUGACCGCCCGCUAUUCGCUAUUCGAUGCACUCGAUCUGGAGUACGUGCUCCUCCGGGCGGCGGCUCGCGGCUCUGUGGGUCCCUACUCGCUCAGUGAGUCCAUACACAAGCUGACCUUCACCCAGUCGCUGGCAUUCCCAGCUCUAGCCCGCGGAUUGGCCACCAAGCGCCGGAGAUCGGCAACGCACACCAGUUCCAGGCCGCUGAAUCCCCAUGAAUCGGGCUUGAAUACUUGCGCCAAGGUUGUCACCGCUGUGAUCCUGGUGGCCAUCUCGUUUAUGGUCUUUUUGAUAGUAUACAAGUUUGUGCGCACGUGAGGUUUGCUCCUGGCCCCGACGCCAGACUUCUCCGUCACAUAUCAGACGAGCACGAGCUAUGAGCCGGAUGUCAGUUCAUCCUCCGCAUCCUCGUCCUCGUUCUCAUCCUCAACGACGGGUCGCAGUCUGGGCAAACAUUUGUCGGGGUUCAGGAGCCAAUUAGGACUCAAACAGUCGGACUUUCAGUAAAAGUCAGUCGGAAAUUGUUAAAUGCGGUAACGAAAAAUUUGUGAUAAACUUUUCAAAUGACAAGCAAAUUUCCUCACACACACACACUCCA